AUGAAGGUCUUCAUCGUUUUAGCAGCACUAGCUGCUCUCGCUUCAGCGAAAUAUCUAGACUUAGAUAUCGAUGAGCAGAACACAGCUUACAACUACAUGGAAAGAUUCGGGAUCCCCGAAGCAGAGAGGAUUCGCAAAGCUGAAGAAGAAUUCCUGAAGAAUUCUAGAAUUGCUGGAGGUUCCCCUGCUAACUUAGGAGAAUACCCAUACCAGGCUGGUCUGAUCUCCGACAUUACUGGCACAACCGGCCGUGGUGUGUGCGGUGGUUCCCUCCUCAAUGCUAACAGAGUGGUGACGGCUGCCCACUGCUGGUUCGACGGUAGAAACCAAGCUUGGAGAUUCGAAGUCGUCCUUGGCUCCAUCACUUUGUUCCACGGUGGUACCAGGAUUCACUCCAACAAUGUCGUCAUGCACGCUCAAUGGAACCCAAAUACAAUCCGCAAUGAUAUUGCCAUGAUCCGUCUGCCAAACAACGUCGACGCCAACAUCUCCAACAACCAAUUCUUGAGUGGCGUGAGACUGAGCGUGAUUACGAACAGCGUAUGCCGCCGCUCCUUCCCCUUCAACCUCCAGGACUCCAACAUUUGCACAAGCGGCUCCGGUGGCACCAGCACCUGCAGAGGAGACUCCGGUGGCCCUCUCGCCAUUACCAGGAACAACAGGAGAAUCUUGGCUGGAUUAAUAUCCGACAUCAUUGGUUUGACCGCAAGAGGAGUAUGUGGAGGUUCCCUCUUAAGCGCUAAUAGAGUUUUGACAGCUGCGCAUUGCUGGUUUGACGGCACCAACCGAGCAUGGAGAUUAGAAGUCGUCCUCGGUUCUAUAUUCUUGUUCACUGGUGGCACUAGGCUGCAAACUAGUGUUAUUAUGAUGCAUCCUCUCUGGAUCCCAGCACUAGCACGUAAUGAUAUCGCUGUAAUUCAUCUGCCACAAUCGGUCCAAUUUUCUGCAAACAUUGCUCCUGUUGCAUUACCAACUGCAGCGGACGCUGCGAACACAUUCUCUGGAUCAUCUGCUAUUGCUUCUGGCUUUGGCAUCACAUCUGACGGUGGAAGUAUUACUCAAAGCCAAUCCUUGAACCACGUGCGUCUUAAUGUAAUAACCAACCAAGUGUGUUCCUUUGGAUUCCCCUUCGUUAUCCAAGAUACUCAUAUUUGUACGAGCAGUAUUGGAGGUAGCAGUGUCUGCGGUGGUGACUCUGGUGGUCCUCUAGUAAUUGAAAGAAAUGGUGAACGAGUUUUGAUUGGAGUUACAUCAUUCGGAUCUACGUUGGGCUGCGCUAGUGGUGUGCCGGCUGUAUAUUCAAGAGUAACAUCGUUCUUAAAUUUCAUCAACCAAAGCUUAUAA